CUGAACGACCCUCGUGAUUGAUGGGCGGGUGUGGGGCUGAGUUUGCUCAACCGGAUGGCUACUGGAUCCCGGAGACAAUUAUAGGCUCUCUGGCCGUUCUCGCCAAUGGGACUGUGCUGUUUGUCAUGCUAUUCGGCCAGAUCAAGACCAGCUCAACCAACAUAUUCAUCGCUAAUUUGGCCACUGUCGACUUCUUGACAGGAGCGAUGAUUAUCCUGUUCAAAGCACUGCCCAAUGUCGACUCACCUCAAAAUGGGAGCUGGUUGUGGUUGUACUGUCGUCUCUAUUGUUCCGAGCUGCCCCUCUGGUUCCUGAUCAAUGUGUCUGUGAUGAAUCUGUGUCUAAUCACUCUGGACAGAUAUCUGUCUGUGGCCAGGCCCCUCUACCACAAGAACUAUUUCUCACGCAACAGUUCGCUCGCAUUGCACGUCGCAAUCAUCUGGACCUUGGGAUUGGCAGUGUCCAGCUACAACUUGUUUUUGUGGGUUAUUAAGUCGGAGGAUGAAGAUGAUGGUGAUGAUGGGGAUGGGGCUAUGUGUGAGGUUAGUAGGGCGUUGCCCUCUUGGUUCUGGGUGGCAACUGGCUUCUGGACUCUAUUUGGAAUGCUGCUCUUCCCCUUCAUGUUCAUGCUAGUUGUCUAUGUCCACAUCUACAACAUACUGCUCCAAAUGCCAAUCAACAUAAAAGGCAAGAGAAGUCAGCUUCGGAUCACAGUGUCGUGUUUCAUGCUGCUGGCAGUGUUUCUGUUCUGCUGGCUGCCAGACCAGACCUUCUUCUUCAUGUACUCCAUCCAGCCAUUGGGGAUCCAUCUGCACCUUCAUUCUAUCCUCUACAGAGCAGUUGUCAACCUCGGAUUUACUAACAGUUUUUGCAACCCUUUUCUCUACUCGUUCCUCAACCCAACUUUCAAAAAGGCAUUCCGCAAACUGGUGUUCAGAUGCAGAGCAUGUCGAACAGGUUCAAGAAACCGACCAUUUAAUACCCAUAACGAUCUCACACUCUCGUCCCUCCAUACAUCGGCAGACACCGUCGAUCAGACAAGUGCCCAGAUGUGAACAAACUGAACCAGCAUCUGAUCUUCUUAAAAGCUGAUCCAAAGAAACCAGAAGCAUGCGCUGGGAUGGUUACAAAGGAAACAGCAAAACGC